AUGUCUAAGCGCACCAAGAAGGUCGGAAUCUCCGGCAAGUACGGUACUAGAUACGGUGCUUCGCUCCGUAAGCUGGUCAAGAAGCAGGAAGUGUCCCAGCACGCCCGCUACACUUGCACCUUCUGCGGCAAGAACACUGUCCGUCGCUCCUCCGUCGGCAUCUGGUCUUGCAAGGCCUGCAAGAAGACCCUGGCUGGUGGUGCCUACACUGUCUCCACCCCCGCCGCCGCUGCCAUGCGCUCCACCCUCCGCCGUCUCCGUGAGAUCACUGAGGUUUAA